AUGUCCUACAUGGAAGAAGAAGACCACGGGUCCUCCCCUGAGCAGCGACUUGGUAAUCUAGAGGAAGCCAUGCAGCGAAUAGAGGGACUCCUCAACAACUUCAUAAUCGAACAGCAACAGCCUGCCCCUGUCCCUGCCCCGUCUCCGGCAGUGGGUCCAGGUGUAUUUACUGGCCAACAGGCCAGCUCGAGACCCCUCAUCCGCCCCAAUCCCCCAUUCGCGUUUGACGGAGAUCGCACCCAGGGCAAGACGUUUCUCCAUUCCGUCAAGCAGUACUGGCGCCUCCUCCCUGAGGCCUUCCAUGUGAACGGGGUAGUAUCAGAAGAGCGGGUGGUACGUUUCGCCCUCUCCUACAUGUCCAAGGACUCGGCGGCCUCCUGGUCAGAACGCAUGUCAGAGCGCCUCGUCUUCCCAUUUCCGACCUGGGCUUCCUUUGUGGCCGAGUUCAAGCUCCGGUUUGUCGAGGAGAACGAGCAAGACCACGCCCUGGCACGACUGGAGACCCACGCUUACUACAUGGGAUCCCGCAACGUGUUCAAAUACACGGACGAGUUCGACGACCUUCUCGACUUGGCGGGUUACUCUGACAACUUGGUCAAGGUCACCAAGUACCGGGCGGGUCUGGACCCCAGAAUCAAUCAGGCGAUCACGACCUCCGGUAACCCGCCUAGCCUCACAAACUACUCGGAGUGGCGUACCCGCGCAUUCCGCCAGUACAACGCCGAGGUGGCUGCCCGAGCUGCGUGA